AUGUAAAUAAUGUUAUUAAUUUUGCUUUUUAUAUAAGUAAAUUCGUAUUUAGAUGCUAAUAAAAUUAAAUACGCUGUUGAUGCAGGCAAUCAAUAUUAUUAUAAGGACAGGCAAAAGAUAUUAUAUCGCUAUGAUCAAAAUUAUAAGGGCGGCUAACAAUAAAUGUUCUAUUAAAAGGUAACCUCAGAUUAAAAUCAUCAUUUGAUACCUCUUCAAUAUUUGGAUUAUUAUGUAUUCUAAACAUCGAGAACGGUAUCCAGCGAGCAAGACUUUUUUAAGUAUUCGAUUACCAUGAGGCUGAAUGGGAAUUACACUUUAAUUUUAUGUUUCAUUGAAUCAGAACAAAGAUCGGCUCGCUUUUUCGAUAUCUAUUUGGAGGAUGAACUAAUAAAGGAGUAGUUUGAUAUUUACAAGGAAGCAGGGGGAAUCAAUAUUCCACUAUAUUUUGCUUUUGAAUUUGAAUUUGAUGGAAAAAACAUUACAGCAAAUCGCAAAACGAUAUAUCAGAUGAGCGAUAAUAAGCUGCAUUUCGAUCUGACCUUCAAAGGCAAAGGAUCCUCUGUCAGUGCAAUCAUAUUGUAUUAAGGCAAAAUAGAAGAUAUCCUAAUUGACUUAGAGAGUGCAUUACUUUCUAAAGAUUAAAUCGAAGCUACUUUCAUCAAUUAAAUUGAAUUCAUCAAAGCACUGAAAUAGAAAGCAGCUCGCUAUGCUCAUAAAUAGAAAGGGAAAGGCAAUGAAAAUGUAAAUACUUUGAUGAACUAAUACCUCAGUCCAUUUCAGAAAUUGAUCAAUAAUUUCGAUAUCGGAAAUAAUGUGUAUAAUGAGAUUUCAAAUGGUUUAGAUCCAUCUCCUUUAGAAUUGUUUUUAGAUGCUUUAUUAAAUAAUAUUUUGGUUCCAUUGGGGAGUGUGUUAUUUCAAAUUAUAGAUUUCAUUUUGGAUAAUAAAAUUCUCACUACAAUUUUAAUGACUAAUUUAAUAUUGUAUUAUUAUUGUUUUGGUAACGAUAAAACCAUGUUUGCCAAUGUUCCUGUGGGAUUAGUUUUAGACCCAGAGGUUGAUAGUGAAAUGGAGAUCAAUUAUAAUGCAUAGUCACCAAAAUCGAGACAUGUUAAUGUAUUGAAAUCAAAAAAAAAGAAGAAAUGA